AUGGUUCUGAUUGGGAAAACUGGUGCUGGGAAGAGCGCAUCAGGAAACACCAUCCUGGGAAGAAAAGCGUUUAAAUCUGAAGCUUCUCCUCAGUCAGUCACUAAAACCUGUCAGAAAGCUGACAGUGAGGCAGACGGUCGUCAUGUUGUUGUUGUUGACACUCCUGGUCUGUUUGACACCAACAUGACCUCAGAUCAGGUCAAUGAAGAGUUAAAGAAAUGUCUCAGUCUGGUGGCUCCAGGUCCUCAUGUCUUCCUGCUGGUUUUACCGAUCAGCAGAUUAACUGAAGGAGACAGAGAGACACUGAGAAUGAUUGAGAAGGUUUUGGGAAACAAUUAUAAAAAGUUUACGGUUGUGCUUUUUUCUAGAGGAGACGCACUGGAAUAUGAUCAGGCGUCCAUUGAAGAUUAUACUGAAGAUGAAUGUGAUGAUGCCUGUAAGGAUCUAAUCAGAGACUGUAGAGAAAGAUACCAUGUGUUUAAUAACUAUAAAAUAAAGAAUCGUUCACAAGUCACUGAGCUGAUCGAAAUGAUCGACAUCAUGGUGAAGGAGAAUGAAGGCUGCUACACCAGGGAGAUGUUACCUGUAACCUGA